AUGCAAAAAGAAGACUUUGACAAGCUGAAGUAUGUCUGGGAAAAGUGGAGGGACGUUUCUGGGCGAGCUGUCAGACAACAAUUUAUCGAAUACGCAAAUCUCACCAACCAAGGAGCUCUUGUCAAUGAAUUGAAGGACGGAGGAGAACUGUGGCUCCGGCCUUACGAAUCAGAAAACUUCCAGGAGCAAAUUGCAAAAUUGUACGACCAGUUGAGUCCGUUUUAUCAAGAACUGCAUGCCUACAUGACGAGGUAUAAAUUUUUUUUCACUCUUGCCGUGUUGGCCUGUGUCGGUCAUAUUUCUGUGGAAUCAGCAAAGAAAACAUAUCCACUCAGGGACUUGUCAGUGGAUGAAUUGAAAGCAUACAAAGACACCUAUUCUGAAAAGUACAGGAGUGAAGUCAACAAACAAGCAGAAGCUGAAUGGGCUUUCCAGACGAACAUCACAGACUACAAUUCAGAAGUUCAGGUGAAUUCUUCAUUGGAACUGUCAGCAUGGCUGAAACAAGAAUGGGUGUCCAGCAUCAGCCAGUUCAAUUUGUCCAUCUUGGAUGUUCCUGAACAUGCUGAUUUGAGGCGCUGGUAUGCAAGCGUUGAGGUGCUGGGGAUUCCUGCUCUGGAUGACACCGACCUUGCAAAGUGGAGCCAAAUAAUCACAAGCAUGACUUCACUUUACGGUUCAGCGAGAAUCUGUCCAUUCGACAACCAGGACUGCAACCCCAACACUGACCCAACCUGGAGCCUUGAACCAGAUUUGGAAAAUAUAUUCCUGAAUUCCAUGCAAAAAGAAGACUUUGACAAGUUGAAGUAUGUCUGGGAAAAGUGGAGGGACGUUUCUGGACGAGCUGUCAGACAACAAUUCAUUGAAUACGCAAAUCUCACCAACCAAGGAGCUCUUGUCAAUGAAUUGAAGGACGGAGGAGAACUGUGGCUCCGGCCUUACGAAUCAGAAAACUUCCAGGAGCAAAUUGCAAAAUUGUACGACCAGUUGAGUCCGUUUUAUCAAGAACUGCAUGCCUACGUGAGGUACAAGUUGUCGCAACACUAUGGUGCUGACAAGGUCAGCCCAACUGGCCCAAUUCCUGCUCACAUUCUAGGAAACAUGUGGGCACAAGGAUGGCAAGCGAUUUUUCCAAUCGUUUCUGAAUUUAAUUCUUCGUCAUUGGACGUGACUGGAGCGAUGGUCGAGCAAGGCUACACUGUGAAGAAAAUGUUUGAAACAUCAGACAAUUUUUUCACUGGACUGGGAUUGGAAAGCUUAGAUACUGCAGCAUUAGACUUUUAUGGUGAUUCCAUGCUGGAGAAGCCAGCUGACAGGGAAGUUGUUUGUCAUGCAUCUGCUUGGGACUUCAUGAAGAAAAAUAAAAAUCCUGGCGACUUCAGAAUAAAGAUGUGCACAUCAGUGGACAUGGAUGACCUCAUCACAAUCCACCAUGAAAUGGGUCACAUUCAAUACUACAUGCAAUAUGUUGAGCAGAACCCACUUUUCAGGGAGGGGGCAAAUCCAGGUUUUCAUGAAGCAAUUGGUGAUACACUGGCAUUAUCAGUGGCAACCCCAGUUCACCUGAAGAAAAUUGGGCUUCUGGAUCCAAAUUUUGAACUUGAUGAAAAUUCCCAAUUGGGAUUUUUGCUGCGAAUGGCCAUGGAGAAAGUCGCCUUUUUGCCCUUUGGCUACAUCAUGGACUUGUACAGAUGGAAAGUUUUCAAUGGAAGCAUAGCAACUGAAAAUCUCAAUCAGGAGUGGUGGAAUUUGAGAGAAACAUAUCAGGGUGUCCAAUCACCUGUUCCACGAACAGAGAUGGAUUUCGACCCUGGGGCAAAAUAUCAUGUGGUGAAUGAUGUGCCUUACAUCAGAUACUUUGUUGCUCAUGUGCUUCAAUUUGACUUCCAUCAAACCCUGUGUGAGUUGGCAGGCCAAUUCAAUCCAAGCAAACCUGACGAAAAGCCUCUUCAUGAAUGCGAUAUUGAUGGUGACAAAACAAAUGCAGGAGCUAAACUCAAGGUGCUGUUGCAAGCAGGAAGCUCGAAGCACUGGGCAGAGACCCUCGAGGGUCUCACGGGUCACAGUGAGAUGACAGUGGACCCCCUUCUCAACUACUUCAAGCCUCUCAGAGACUACCUGAAGCAGCAAAUAGCGCUGCACAACAUCCCAGUCGGCUGGUCGUCGGCGGCAUCCGAGAGCGAAGUCGUCCCUAUUGUGGUCGGCGCCAUAAUCGCCACCAUCGCGGUGGCCACCUUGAUCGCCUUCGUGUUCGUGCGCCGGCGCAAAGCGCGGGAAAAUCGCGCGUAAUUUUUGUUCGUUUGUGUGUGUGUGUGUCUGUAUUAUUAUUUUUUUUUGCCUGCGCAAUCCAAGUUUGAAAGUGCUUUCCCACUGUUCCGGUGGUCAAUUUUCAUUCUUGAAAGUGACCCCUAUAUCGUUUAAUUUGACAAAAUGUUUAAAAUACCUAUAAUGUAUGUUAUUUUUUUAAUGCUUGCUGUAAUUACUGGAGUACCACAACCCCUUGAGUAAGACACAUAUCCAAAAUUUUCAACCCAAAAUUUCGAUGAGCCCAAAAUUUCGAUGAGGUGCACAUAAGUAAUAUGUGCACCUCAUUUCAGUGGAUGAAAAACUGCUAUGAUACAGUAUUUCAAGAAUGAGAAAAGCCAGAAUUCAAAUUUGGACAUGAAUUCAUUUAAUGUUCAAUUGCUUUUAUUUUAAAAAUUGCUUGUUCAACAUUUUCCAUUACAGUAUGUCUAAGUGUGAUGUGGACCUGAAAUUCUAAAAUUUAUAUUUUUAUUUUAUCCACACCUAUGACAAGCACCCCCUUUUUCCUCUCAAUUUUGAGGAAAAAAAUGGUGCAUCUGGUGCUUGAGUAAAUGCAGUAUUGUUUACAAAUGUUCAUGAAAAGCCUUUGCCUGGAUUUAAUACUACAGUACUACAUAAUCACGGAUGGAGCCGAACGAACACUGAUUUUAUCAGGCUAUAAUGAAUAAGGUCGACUUUUGUACAAAAUACGUUACUCAACCUGUAUCAUAACGAUAUAGAGCCGUUCAAUCGUUUUCACAGAGCCAGGAAUUUGGUUUUCUAUUAUUUGGGUCACUUUCAAAAAUAAAAUUGAGGGCACUUUUAUAUCACAUACUGUAUAUGUGCUGUAUCCAUACUUUUGUAGCUCCUAAUGUCGGGUAAUUGUACAGUUUUGAAGAAGCGCAUGACUUAAAAAUUGAUCAAGAUAAUUUUUUUUUAAAUUUAUUUUGAGAAAAGAGUGUGAAUUAUUUUAAUAUGAUCGCAGUUUGCAUGUUUAAAGUUCUAUGCAAGUAUUUUUGGAGUAAAUUUUUUUAGGGCAUUCGAGAACGCGUCUGCAUUUGUGUUUACUACUUUCUGUUUCACUGAUUAAGUUCACAUUUCCUGUUCUAAAUAAUGUAGUGUACCUUGUGUAAAGGUUGUGUUAUUUGGAAGUAUAUGAUUUUUUGGGCAAUUGA